AUGGACACCGUGCAAGACCCUACUGUCGUGAACCCGAGAAUCGCCAUCCUCGGCGCGGGCGUCAGCGGUUUAGCCGCGGCCAAACAACUCUCCCACUAUGACCCGAUUGUCUUUGAGGCCAGUGGCUCGAUCGGGGGUGUCUGGAGACACUGCUCUUACAAUUCCACCAAGCUUCAGUCCCUUCGCUGCGACUAUGAGUUCUCGGAUUUCCCCUGGCCAGACCGUGACAACGCAAGCUUCCCGUCUCAUGCCCAGAUCCUCGAUUACUUGCAUGCAUAUGCCACGCGCUUCGACCUGAUGAAGCUCAUCAGGUUUAACUCAAAAGUGGUGGAGGUUCGCUUCGUCGGUGAUCAGAAGCCGACGGAUAAUUUGGCAGAUUAUGGUAGUUUGUUGCCCGGGCAGCCAGUUUGGGAGGUUGCCGUCCAACCUCAUGAAUCGGAGAAUGUUCAGUGGCAUUCUUUCGAGUUCCUGGUGAUUUGCAUCGGCAAAUAUGGGGACGUACCGAAGAUCCCUAGUUUCCCACACCACAAAGGGCCGGAGAUAUUUCAGGGCCGAGUACUGCACUCCAUCGACUACUCCAAGCUCGAUCAUGAAGCCGCGACCGAAUUGCUCAAGGGCAAGAGAGUCGUCGUCGUCGGAUACAAGAAAUCAGGCAUCGAUUUAGCCAUGGAGUGUGCAGAGGCAAAUCAAGGACCAGAAGGCCAACCAUGUACGAUGAUUGUGAGAACCAUUCACUGGACCGUCCCACAUUACUGGAUCUGGGGCUUGCCUUUCUUCUUGUUCUACUCCACCAGGUCUUCUCAGUUCCUCCAUGAAAAGCCUAACCAGACCUUCCUCAGGGCGUGUCUCUGCUUCCUUCUGUCUCCACUGAGGCGGGCGAUAUCGAAGUUCAUUGAGUCCUACUUGCUGUGGAAGCUCCCGCUGAACAAGUACGGGCUGAAGCCGGAUCACCCGUUCGAGGAGGACUACGCGUCUUGCCAGAUGGCGAUCAUGCCGGAGAAUUUCUUCUCCGAGGCCGACAAGGGGAGGAUCAUGUUCAGGAGGCCUGACAAAUGGUGGUUCUGGGAAGGAGGGGUUGAAUUCGACGAUGGCAGUAGAUUGGAGGCCGACGUCGUCGUUUUCGCGACAGGUUACGAUGGGAAGAAGAAGCUCAAGUCCAUAAUGUCCGAACCGUUUCGGAGUCUGAUGGAGUUCCCUUCCAGUAUCAUGCCCUUAUACAGGGCGACUAUCCAUCCCUUGAUUCCGAACAUGGCAUUCCUGGGAUAUGUGGAGAGCGUCUCGAACCUUCAUUCCGCAGAGCUUCAGAGCAAAUGGCUAUCUCACCUGCUAGAUGAGAAGUUCAGGCUCCCUGGUGUCGAGAACAUGCUUGAACAGACAACUAAAGAGAUCGAGGUGAUGAAGAGGACGACCCGGUUUUACAAAAGGCACUGCAUUUCGGUCUUCAGUAUCAACCAUGACGACGAAAUAUGCAGAGACAUGGGGUGGAAUGCGCUGAGGAAGAGGAACUGGUUGGCCGAGGCAUUUAGUGCUUACACUAGUCAGGACUACGAAAAGGAAGAAUGACUCGACAGCGAGCUCGUGAUUGCAAAAAAUCGGCGUCUC